CUCCCUGGCCCUGCCUCCUCUCGCUUUGGCUGCGCCACCCCCUCCCCCAGCCUCCUGACCUCCUGGCUGGCUCUGGCUUCUGGUUCCAGCCCCUCUAACCUCGCUGCCCCUCUUCGGACCAGCCGACUGACCACCCCACUCUGUCCUCAAAUCCUAGGGACGCGGGCGCACCGGGAGGGGCCGCCCGGGGAAGAAGCCCUUGGGCACAGCCUGUGACUCAGGUUCCACGGAUGGGCCAGGCAGAAUGGCUGAGCUCCCUCCCAGGGGCAAGCCCCCAGCUUCUGGAAGGGGUUGGGGCUGGUCUGGGGCCGGGUACCUUCAGGCCUUAGGUAGGGAGAGUGGGUCUUCCCUGAACCAGGGACUUCCUACCUUGGCCCGUGCAGCUGCAAGGAGACCCUGCCAAGCCCAGGAAGACCUCUCGGAGCCGAACGUGCUGGCUCCCGGGGCUGGGAAGAUUGCAUUACCUGCUUUCUGAGCUCUUGCCUGCGGUGGGGACUGAUUUGGGUCUCUGCUGAGCUCAGGAGGCACAGGGUGCCAACCUGCUCAAUAGGGGCCAAGGUGCAAGCCCCCCCACCACCACAGAGGUCAGGCUGGGGCUGCGGGGCCUGGCUGCACCCGGGGCUUGGGCCUGUGUUUGCUCUGGGAGGCCGGAGGGAGCUGUGCCAGCCCGGUACACACAGCUUGCUCUGUUCUGGGGCCAGAGAGAGGGAAGGGGUGGAGGGCAGCGCUCUGGGGAGCAGGGAACCCGGAGGCUGGAACAGGCAAGGGGCCCAGGCUCCUGAGGCUGCACUGGGGCGGCUCCAGAGCGCCGUGAUUCAUGGCGGCAGCUCUCUUUCUCUCCAUCGCCCUGCCAGGUCCUUGUUGGGCAGACAGGACAGACUCCAGAGGGAACCAAGUGAUGAGCUUGCGAGGCCCCUGGUGGACACCUCCAUUGCCUGGGUCUCCGCGGAGCCCCUAGCUCUGUCUCCUGUUAGCAGAGGGGGAAGCCCACUUGCACCAAGCAUUCCCACAGCUGCUGGAGUGGGCGUGUUUCCCGCGCUCCAGGUGGACAUCGCUUGUUUUCUCACUUAACUAAUUAUUGCUGAUUCCAGCGCGUGGGGACACACAAAUCAGAAUGCCGGAAGCCUCUGUCAGUGACUGAAGAUAGACACUGUCCUGUCAGCCACAACUCCAUGGGUUAUACACCCUGGCUGGAGGGUCACCGGGGCUACAGGAGCAAGGACAGAGGAACAGGGGAAGUGACUGAGGAGAAGAUGCCUUAAUUGGAGGCAGAGUCACGGUGGCAGCAUUGGGAGUUGGACACCCGGGUCCCUGAAGUGAUCUCUAGGCCCCAGAGCCCCAAAUCCGCCAUCAUUCCGUGCUGCGGGGACACCAUGGCUCCAGAAGAGGACGCUGGAGGGGAGGCCUUAGGGGGCAGUUUCUGGGAGGCUGGCAACUACAGGCGCACGGUACAGCGGGUGGAGGACGGGCACCGGCUGUGCGGGGACCUGGUCAGCUGCUUCCAGGAGCGCGCCCGCAUCGAGAAGGCUUAUGCCCAGCAGUUGGCUGACUGGGCCCGAAAGUGGAGGGGGACCGUGGAGAAGGGCCCCCAGUAUGGCACACUGGAGAAGGCCUGGCAUGCCUUUUUCACGGCAGCUGAGCGGCUGAGCGCGCUGCACCUGGAGGUGCGGGAGAAGCUGCAAGGGCAGGACAGUGAGCGGGUGCGCACCUGGCAGCGGGGGGCUUUCCACCGGCCUGUGCUGGGCGGCUUCCGCGAGAGCCGGGCGGCCGAGGACAGCUUCCGCAAGGCCCAGAAGCCCUGGCUGAAGAGGCUGAAGGAGGUUGAGGCUUCCAAGAAAAGCUACCACGCAGCCCGGAAGGACGAGAAGACCGCCCAGACGAGGGAGAGCCACGCGAAGGCAGACAGCGCCGUCUCCCAGGAGCAGCUGCGCAAACUGCAGGAACGGGUGGAGCGUUGUGCCAAGGAGGCCGAGAAGACGAAAGCUCAGUAUGAGCAGACGCUGGCAGAGCUGCAUCGCUACACUCCACGCUACAUGGAGGACAUGGAACAGGCCUUUGAGACCUGCCAGGCCGCCGAGCGCCAGCGGCUUCUUUUCUUCAAGGAUAUGCUGCUCACCUUACACCAGCACCUGGACCUUUCCAGCAGUGCGAAGUUCCAUGAACUCCACCGUGACUUGCACCAGGGCAUCGAGGCAGCCAGUGAUGAAGAGGAUCUGCGCUGGUGGCGCAGCACCCACGGGCCAGGCAUGGCCAUGAACUGGCCACAGUUCGAGGAGUGGUCCCUGGACACACAGAGGACAAUCAGCCGGAAGGAGAAGGGUGGCCGGAGCCCUGAUGAGGUUACCCUGACCAGCAUUGUGCCCACAAGAGAUGGCACCGCACCCCCACCCCAGUCCCCGGGGUCCCCAGGCACGGGGCAGGAUGAGGAGUGGUCAGAUGAAGAGAGUCCCCGGAAGGCUGCCACUGGGGUUCGGGUGAGGGCACUCUAUGACUAUGCUGGCCAGGAAGCUGAUGAGCUGAGCUUCCGAGCAGGGGAGGAGCUGCUGAAGAUGAGUGAGGAGGACGAGCAGGGCUGGUGCCAAGGCCAGUUGCAGAGUGGCCGCAUUGGCCUGUACCCUGCCAACUACGUGGAGUGUGUGGGCGCCUGAGUGUCCUGACAGCCCUUCUGCGACGUUUACCCGCCCUGGGUCAGAGCCCAGCUUCUCCUGGAGAGCCGGACCCUCAGGGCCCUGAACCGUGGCUCUCCGGCUGCUCCUCUGUCCCUUGAGGGAGGAAGUCCUGGGACCCAGGGAGGGGAGGGGCCUUUGUCUAGGGAAGGGACUGGUAGGGAAGGGACGAGUCUAGGCUGAGGGCAAGAUGGGAGGUCAGAGGUGACAGAAGGGUUCAGGGGUGCCUGGGCCUCCCCAGGAGCUGUGGACUCAGUUCCUGACCUCUGCUUUGGGGUUCCUGGGGUGGGCUAGGGGUGAGUGUCGUUCCGGCCUAGCAGCACCCUCUUGUGGCUUGUUCUAGCGUGUAUUAAAACUUGACACACACACACAAAAACAAACAAAAACACCA